UUAACAUGAGAGAUCAUGGCCGCCUUCGGGCUUCUCAGUUAUGAGCAGAGACCUCUGAAACGACCCCGGCUCGGGCCGCCUGACGUCUACCCCCAGGACCCAAAGCAGAAGGAGGAUGAACUCACUGCAGUGAACGUGAAACAAGGCUUCAAUAACCAGCCGGCCUUCUCUGGGGAUGAGCAUGGCUCCGCCAAGAAUAUCGUCAUUAACCCAUCCAAGAUUGGAGCUUAUUUUAGCAGCAUAUUAGCAGAGAAACUGAAGCUAAAUACUUUCCAGGACACAGGAAAGAAGAAACCACAAGUUAAUGCUAAAGACAAUUAUUGGCUGGUGACUGCCCGAUCCCAGAGCGCAAUUCACAAUUGGUUCUCAGAUUUAGCAGGAAAUAAACCACUCACUAACUUAGCAAAAAAGGAGCUGCUUACCCUGGCCAAAUCAGGUGUUGUUCAGGUUCCUAUCCUUAGCAAAAAGGAGGAUGUUUUUGCAUAUUUAGCAAAAUAUUCAGUGCCAUUGCUUCGGGCAGCAUGGUUGAUCAAGAUGACGUGUGCCUAUUAUUCUGCUAUUUCUGAGGCUAAGAUUAAGAAGCGUCAGGCAACUGAUCCGAAUAUGGAAUGGACCCAAAUCUCUACCAGAUACCUUCGAGAACAAUUGGCCAAGAUUGCAGAUUUUUAUCACCUGGCCUCAGCCCCAGGCAACGGCUCCAUGGUUAUGCCUCAAGACGUGGAACAAGCGUUGAAGCAGUGGGAAUACAACGAAAAACUGGCAUUCUAUAUGUUCCAGGAAGGAAUGCUUGAACGGCAUGAAUAUUUGACCUGGAUCCUGGAUGUCCUGGAAAAAAUCAGACCAGUAGAUGACGACCUCCUCAAACUACUACUACCGCUAAUGCUGCAGUAUUCAGAAGAGUUUGUUCAGUCAGCUUAUCUGUCCCGUCGUCUUGCUUACUUCUGUGCCCGGCGCCUGUCUCUCCUGCUGAACGAUAGUCCCAACCUCCUGGCUGCACAUUCACCUCACAUGAUGAUUGGCCCAAACAAUCCAGGUCUGUCAGCGUCAAGCCCUGCUGCUCCUGGGCCGGUAAUGAGCCCGGUCCAGCUGUCCGGCUCCGACUUCCUUUCCUGCCCACAGCAUCGUCCGCUGGUUUAUGGACUUAGUUGCAUGCUGCAGACCGUAACUCUUUGCUGCCCAAGUGCCUUGGUGUGGAAUUAUUCCACAAAUGAGAAUAAAAGCGUUAACCCGGGCUCUCCUCUGGAUUUACUUCAAGUUGCACCUUCUAGUUUACCUAUGCCAGGUGGAAAUUCAGCAUUUAAUCAACAGGUUCGGGCAAAGAUCUAUGAGGUUGAACAGCAGAUAAAGCGUCGGGGCCGUGCCGUGGAGGUUCGGUGGUCUUUUGACAAAUGCCAGGAAUCGACAGCAGGGGUCACCAUCAGUAGGGUCUUGCACACCCUGGAAGUCUUAGAUCGCCAUUGUUUUGACAGAUCUGAUUCCAGCAAUUCAAUGGAGACCCUUUAUCACAAAAUUUUCUGGGCCACCCAGAACAAGGACAACCAAGAGGUGGCUCCAAACGAUGAAGCCGUGGUGACCUUGCUAUGUGAGUGGGCUGUGAGCUGUAAAAGGUCUGGCAAACACCGAGCCAUGGCCGUAGCCAAACUUUUGGAGAAGAGGCAGGCCGAAAUCGAGGCAGAACGUUGUGGUGAAUCAGAAGUCUUAGAUGAGAAGGAAUCUCUUUCUUCGGCUUCCCUUGCUGGGUCUAGCCUGCCCGUAUUUCAGAAUGUCCUGCUUAGAUUUUUAGACACACAAGCUCCCUCACUGUCUGACCCAAAUAGUGAAUAUGAAAAGAUAGAAUUCGUGAAUCUGGUGCUGCUAUUUUGUGAGUUUAUCCGGCAUGAUGUGUUCUCCCAUGACGCGUACAUGUGCACAUUGAUAUCUCGAGGGGACUUGUCCCUAAGUGCCACAACUCGACCACGGUCACCACCUGGGGAAAAUCUGGAUGAACAUUAUUCAAAAGACAACGAUGUGAAAUUAGAGGAACAUAGCAUUAUGGAACAUAUGGGCAUUGACUCAGGAACCGCUAAUAUUUUUGAUGACGUAGACAAGAGUGACUUUAAAACUGACUUUGGUUCAGAAUUUCCAAUUUUUUCUCCUAUGCCUGGAGAGUCCUGUGAGAAUGCCAACUCUUCCUUAGACAGAAGAAUUUCAGUUAAUAGUGAGAAGAUGAUGAAGAGAGAAAAACAGAGGGAAUUAAUAUUUCCAUCCAAUUAUGACCUCCUUCGGCACCUGCAAUAUGCCACACAUUUCCCUAUACCUCUGGAUGAGUCUUCAAGUCAUGAAUGUAACCAGCGGACAAUUCUGCUGUAUGGGGUUGGGAAAGAGCGAGAGGAGGUGAGACAUCAGCUGAAGAAGAUCACCAGAGACAUCCUGAAAAUCUUAAACAAGAAGAGCACGCGUGAAUGUGGGGUUGAGGAUGAAGGACAAAAAGCCAGGAAAAGCAAACAGGAGACCUUUCCGACGCUGGAGAUGGUAUUCACAAAGCUACAGCUCCUCUCCUAUUUUGAUCAACAUCAAGUCACAUCUCAGAUCUCUAGCAAUGUACUGGAACAGAUAACCAGCUUUGCUUCAGGAACAUCCUACCAUCUUCCACUGGCACACCACAUUCAACUUAUCUUUGAUCUUAUGGAGCCAGCCUUGAACAUCAACGGGCUUAUUGACUUUGCAAUUCAGCUGCUCAAUGAGUUGAGUGUGGUCGAGGCAGAAUUGCUUCUGAAGUCCUCCAGCUUGGCAGGAAGUUACACAACAGGCUUGUGUGUGUGCAUUGUGGCUGUGCUGAGGCGCUACCAUGCCUGCCUCAUCCUGAAUCCAGACCAGACUGCCCAAGUGUUUGAAGGAUUGUGUGGUGUUGUAAAGCAUGUGGUCAACCCGUCAGAAUGUUCCUCCCCUGAAAGAUGCAUCUUAGCCUACCUCUAUGAUCUCUAUGUGUCAUGUAGCCAUCUAAGAAGUAAAUUUGGAGACCUCUUCAGUAGUGCCUGUUCAAAAGUAAAGCAGACCAUCUACAGCAAUGUGCAGCCUUCCAACUCCAACUUAUUGUGGGACCCCGAGUUCAUGUUGGAUUUUAUCGAGAAUCCCUCUGCUCAUAAUGUCAACUAUUCCAUGCUGGGCAAGAUACUCAGCGACAAUGCAGCUAACCGCUAUAGCUUUGUGUGCAAUGCACUCAUGAAUGUAUGUAUGGGGCAUCAGGACGCAGAGAGAAUCAAUGACAUUGCCAACUUAUGUGCUGAGCUGACGGCUUGCUGUACUGUGCUCAGCUCAGAAUGGUUAGGCGUUCUCAAGGCCCUUUGUUGCUCUUCCAAUCACGUGUGGGGUUUCAACGAUCUGCUUUGCAGUGUAGAUGUCAGUGACCUCUCGUUCCAUGAUUCACUGGCCACCUUCAUUGCGAUUCUGAUAGCUCGGCAAUGUUUUUCCCUGGAGGAUGUUGUCCAGCACGUAGCACUUCCUUCGCUGUUAGCAGCAGCUUGCGGAGAUCCAGAUGCUGAGCCUGGAGCACGAAUGACAUGCCGACUCCUUCUUCAUCUCUUCCGAACCCCGCAGGUGUGUUUGUUACCUCAAGCGACAGGGAAGCCUUUCCCUGGAAUACGUUCUUCUUGUGAUCGUCACCUUUUAGCAGCUGCUCACAACAGCAUAGAAGUGGGAGCGGUCUUUGCUGUCUUAAAAGCGAUUCUCAUGCUUGGAGAUGCCGAAAUUGGUAGCAACAGUAAUGCCAACGCCUUAAAAAGUGAGGACUUCGCUAUGAGGGGCUUACUAGACGACAUGAAUGAUGACGAUAUUUGGAAUGCCUCACAGUCCAUGAAACCAUGUGGGAAAGCGGUUUCCAUAGAAACCGCCAGCUUGAGCGAAUACGCUCGCUAUGUCCUACGAACGAUCUGCCAGCAGGAAUGGGUUGGAGAACAUUGUCUGAAAGAGCCUGAGAGAUUGUGUACAGACAAGGACCUUAUAUUGGACCCCGUUCUCUCACACAAGCAAGCGCAGAAAUUGCUGCAGCUGAUCUGUUAUCCUCAUGGCAUUAAAGAAUGUACAGAAGGUGAUGACAUUCAAAGACAGCAUAUUAAGCGCAUCCUUCAGAAUCUAGACCAAUGGACUCUCAGACAGUCCUGGCUGGAACUCCAAUUAAUGAUCAAACAAUGCAUGAAGGAGCCUGGUUCUGGGUCUGUGGCUGAAAUGAACUGCUUGUUGGAUAAUAUUGCAAAGACGACAAUAGAGGUGUUUCAGCAAUCCGCUGAUUUAAACAAUAACUCUUCUAACUCUGGUAUAGGCCUCUUCAAUCCAAACGCUAUUGGAAAUGGCGACACAAGUAACACAAGGCAGAAUGGUAAAAAGACAUUCCUAAGUUCUUCUGAACGCAGGGGUGUGUGGCUGGUGGCGCCCCUCAUUGCAAAGCUGCCCACUUCCGUUCAGGGCAGGGUGCUAAAAGCUGCUGGGGAAGAACUGGAGAAAGGACAGCACUUGGGAUCGUCCUCAAAGAAGGAAAGAGAUAGACAAAAGCAAAAAAGUAUGUCUCUCUUAAGUCAGCAACCUUUCCUCUCAUUGGUGCUUACCUGCCUUAAGGGACAGGAUGAGCAGCGGGAAGGACUCCUGACAUCCCUGCAAAACCAAGUUAAUCAGAUUUUAAGUAACUGGAGAGAAGAACGUUACCAGGACGAUGUUAAAGCAAGGCAAAUGAUGCAUGAGGCGUUACAACUACGUCUUAAUUUGGUAGGAGGAAUGUUUGACACUGUGCAAAGAAGUACCCAGUGGACCACAGACUGGGCACUUCUGCUCCUUCAGAUAAUUACAUCAGGAACUGUUGACAUGCAGACUAACAAUGAAUUAUUCACCACGGUUCUUGACAUGCUGGGUGUCCUGAUCAAUGGAACCUUAGCCUCUGACCUGUCAAGCUCUUCCCAGGGUGGAGCCGAAGAAAACAAGAGGGCCUACAUGAAUCUAGUGAAGAAAUUGAAAAAAGAGCUGGGGGACAAACGGUCAGAGAGUAUUGACAGAGUUCGCCAGCUGCUGCCUUUGCCCAAGCAGACCUGUGAUGUCAUCACUUGUGAGCCCAUGGGGUCCUUGAUUGACACAAAAGGCAACAAAAUUGCAGGAUUCGACUCCAUAGAUAAGAAACAGGGUCUCCAGGUGUCCACAAAACAGAAGGUAUCCCCGUGGGACUUAUUUGAGGGUCACAAAAAUCCAGCUCCACUCUCUUGGGCCUGGUUUGGGACCGUUCGAGUGGACAGAAAGGUGAUCAAGUAUGAGGAACAGCAUCAUCUUCUCCUCUACCAUACCCACCCUACCCCCAAGCCCCGAAGCUACUACCUCGAGCCUCUCCCUCUGCCUCCUGAGGAGGAAGAGGAAGAGCCAACCACACCCGUCUCUCAGGAACCAGAAAGAAAAUCCACUGAGCUGUCAGAUCAGGGAAAAACGGCAGCCGAUGAGGAGAAGAAGACAAAAGGAAGGAAGCGCAAGACAAAAUCAAACUCAAGAGUUGAUGACUAUACACAGAACAACAUUUACCGAGUGCCUCCCAAUUAUUCACCAAUUUCCUCCCAAAUGAUGCACCACCCUCAGUCAGCAUUGUGGGGUUAUAACAUUAUGGGACAACCGCAACAGCCUGGCUUCUUCCUGCAGAAUCAGUCACUUGCACCAGGUGGCUCCCGACUGGAUCCCACGGGUUCCUUUGUCCCCACCAACACGAAGCAAGCCCUUUCCAACAUGCUGCAAAGACGUUCGGGUACCAUGAUGCAACCUCCCUCCAUCCACGCAAUCACAUCCCAGCAGCAGCUGAUCCAGAUGAAACUCAUGCAACAGCAGCAGCAGCAGCAGCAACAGCGGCUCCUCAGACAGCAAGCCCAAACUAGACCUUUCCAACAGGACUUCUGUAACUCUGCUGUGCCCCUUCAGGAUGGCUUUGACAACAUGAUGGGCCAGCCCCUUGACCAGGCUGCCAUUUUUCCUCCACAAGUGCGACCAUCAUCCCAACUUCCUCAGUAUUCAGGGUUGCAACAGGCACAGGCAAUGCCCCAUGGAUAUACCAUGUACAGUUCGCAGAUGCCCCUCCAGCCACAGCAGCCGACCAGCGGGGUGGUCCUGUCCCCCGGCUACAACUCCAGAACAUAUCCAGCUGCACAUUCCAAUCCGGCUCUGAUGGAGAGGCUUCGGCAGAUGCAGCAGCAGCCACCACCAAGCGGGUACAUUCAGCAGCAAGCUGCCGCUGCCGCCUACCUUCAGCCUCUGCCAGGAUCUCAGAGACUGACCCAUCAACCUUUACAACAAAGUCCUUUGGUUGGCGGGGGACUGGAUGCGGUACUGACCACUACGCCCCACCCAAACCUCAAUUCUGUGCCGUUGCCUCAGGACCAGAUGAGACAGAGACAGCAGCAAAUCAGACAACAGAGGCUCCUUCAGUUACAGCAGCAACAGCAGCAGCAGCAGCAACAACAGCAGCAGCAGCAGCAGCAGCAGCAGCCCCAACCGCAGCAGCAGCAGCAGCAGCAGCAGCCUCAGGGUCAGCAGGCACUGGGACUCCAAGCAAUGCAGCCACAGCAACCUUUGUUCCCCAGGCAAGGCUUACAGCAAACACAGCAGCAGCAACAGACAGCAGCAUUAGUCCGACAACUUCAGAAACAGCUUUCUAGUAACCAGCCACAACAAGGCGUAACUCCGUAUGGGCAUCCUUCACACUUCUGAAACGUGGCCGGAGAAAUGACACCUACUUUGAUGUUUGCACUGAAGAAUAGCAAAUCCAAUCCAAUGCACUAAUUAUUCUUAGAAAUUCUCAUAUUUUGCUAUGGUUUCUUUUCAUUUUGCCUUGAUUUUUUUUUUUGGUACUACAUUUAGAGUGAAGCUUUAACAGAAAGCAGCAAGAGGCUUAGUUUGGGUUCCUUGCAUUCAGCUUUAAAAUCAUUACC